AUGGCAUCGACGACGAGCGUCCGUGCGCUCCCUCGCGCCCGCUCGACGCGCGUUCGCGCGCGCGCGCGACGCGCACACGGACGAAACAUUCGCGCCGCCGCACACUCGACGAGCUCGAUCGCAAAGCUCUUGGUGACCGCACCCGAGGGAUUGAGCGCGGAAUUGGAGCGCGCGAUCGAUGGCGUCGUCCUCGAUUGCGAUGGGGUCAUCUGGCACGGUGAUCGGUUGAUCCCGGGCGCGCGAGCGGCGAUCGAGAGCUUGCGCGCGCGAGGGAAGCGGGUCUUCUUUGUGACGAAUAACUCGACGAAGACGCGAGAGCAUUACGCGCAAAAGCUGAACGCGUUGGGGAUUGAAGCGAGUAAGUAUGAGAUAUAUACGAGUGGGUACGCGACGGCGUGUUACCUGCGGUCGAGGGGGUUGGCGGAGAUUGAUGAGGGGGAGGUUGAGCGCGGCGAACACGGCGAGCGCUUGGGGAACGACGCGCAGCGAAGCGCGUACGUCAUCGGUGAAAGGGGGUUGAUGAAGGAGCUCGAGGAGGCUGGAAUCGACGUCGAGGCCGGGGUGUACGACAGCGUGAAGUGUUCGGAGAGGGAUUGGGAGGAGAUGGAUGAGUGGAGCGACGAAAACGUGGGGGCGGUGGUCGUCGGGAGCGACUCAAAGUUCACGUUUGCCAAGCUCGCGUACGCAUCGUUGCAGAUUCAGCGAGGAGCGAUGUUCGUCGCGACGAACCCGGAUGCGGGUGAUCUUGUGGGCCCGGGUCUGUACCCCGGAGCUGGCGCGCUCGUGAACGCGGUGGCGACGGCGUGCGGGAAACAACCCGAGAUUUAUUGCGGCAAGCCGAGCUCCUUCAUGUUAGAGCUCCUCAAGGAUCACGCCAACAUCGACUUGUCCAGGACGCUCGUGAUCGGUGAUAGAUUAGACACCGAUAUCGCGUUCGGCAAGGCUGGAAACGCUGCGCUCACCGCGCUCGUCUUGACGGGCGUCACGGAGAUUGACGACGUCAACGCCUGGGCCGAGCGCGCGGAAACCGACCCGGCCGCCGCCGCCGCCCUUCCCGACCGCAUCGUCGGCUCCCUCGCCGAACUGUGCGGGUUGGAAUUCAAUCCCGAUGAACUCUGUCCGAGUCUUCACGACUCCGACGCCGACGUCGCUCGCGACGAGGACGAUAUGCUCCGCGCGUUUCCCGCGGAGGACGCCGAGACCCCCGAGGAUUUCCCCCUCGACGAAGACUACGGCGACGACGACGACGCGUCCAACAAGUUCUCACCCUCCGGAUACAUGUAA